CUGUUCCGGCAUCGAAUCUCUUGAAUGAUUCUUAUUUGAUAUUUGGUCACCGUAAAUUAGUCACUACCAUUUGUUUUAUACCGAAAACUAGGGUUUUAUGUAUGGAAACACGCAAAGACGCCUUUCAUUACAGUCAUCAAAGCUGUCGUGGAUGUGGUAAGUGGGUUACUCAUUGGGUAGCCGAAUAGUCGCAAGGGAAUCAGGUGGGGAGUUGGACAAGAUCGUGUUGUUCUUGAAUUGGUGAAGAGGCAAGUCGUUUCCAAGCUUUUGGAGUUUUUGGCGGAGGUUUAGUGGGUUGUUUUAGGGGUUGGAGAUUGUUGGUUGGGGGAGGGCGGAGGUUUAGUGGGUUGUUUUAGGGGUUGGAGAUUGUUGGUUGGGGGAGGGCGGAGGUUUUGAGAGGAGUGAAGAGGAUAUGGGACGCGCGCAGGAUGCGUCGAUCUCCUUCGACUCUGUGCGGGACAAGAAUGUUAUGCAGCUGCGUAAGCUGAAUACUGCCAUCUUCCCCGUCUCUUACCAGGAUAAGUUUUACACUGAUGCGCUCAACUCCGGAAACUUCACCAAGCUUGCAUAUUACAAUGAUAUAUGCGUCGGAUCGAUUGCCUGUCGCUUGGAAAAGAAAGAUGGUAGCAAGAUGCGGCUCUACAUCAUGACCCUGGGAAUACUCGCCCCUUAUCGCAGACUAGGCAUUGGCUCGAAGCUGCUUCAGAAUGCUCUGGAACUUUGUAAGGAUGAUCCCAACAUUGAGGAGGUCUAUCUCCACGUCCAGAUCAAUAAUGACGAGGCGAUAGAGUUCUACCGACAGUUUGGGUUUGAGAUUACCGACACUAUCAAGAACUACUACAAACGGAUUGAGCCUCCACAUUGCUAUGUCUUGUCUAAGUCCUUACUGCCUGUGGACAAAGCGAAUGGGAACUCGUGAUUCGCCACGGCCACACCUUGACAUUACAAUUUUGUGCUUUCUAUUCUUUUAGAUUGUGGUUAUAUUUGAAGUUCAGCCCGGUGAGUAGUGGAUUGCCAAAGGCUUCCAUAGCACACUAGCGUACAGGAAUGAAAGAACAUCUUUCAAUUGUGUAAUUCAUGCUUACCAUCGAGCUGUUUUGAUGUGCAAGUUUUCAA